AAUGGAUGUGUGGUGAUCAAUCCCGAAAGAAUCACAAAAGGUUAUGUUGGAGGGACGUUUUGCAGAAUGGAAGUAGCCCCACAAGUGUCAUCUGGUAGUCUAUCGGAUAGUGUUGUUGCUCAAAUUAUACGCAUUUAGUGAUUAUGAUUUUUAUUUAUUGUUUUUGUCAACUUGACACCUUUCAAUUUUUUAACGUUAUAAAUAUGUGGAAAAAGUUAUAUUUUUUUCUUUAUUUAGUUAUCAUGGCCCAGGACAGUAAUUCUUCACUUUUAUCCUUUCAAAGAAAUGAGAGAGAAGAGACUAAAAAUUGUCCAGUGCCAGAUAAGUCAUCUCUCAAAAUAUCUUCUUCUUUAUUGGGUAAAUUAAUGCUUUUGUCUGCGUUGAUGUGUUUGAUCAUUUUAGGUAUCAUUAAAGGAAUAUUAGGAUUAUGUUGUUGUGCUCCGGUAGGUAUGUGGAGUUUAGGGGCAUUAAUAGAUUUGCCACGCCCAAUUGACAGUUACCAAGAAGGUGAACUGGCUCAUAUUCCUGUCGUGUAUGAUCAGACCGGUUGGCCAGUGCAUCCAGAAACUGGACAACGUACUGUUCGAGCAUUACCUAAGAAAACGGAGUUCUUCCUGAAUACAGUCUUCUUCUUGGCGUAUCCAUUAGCAGUUCUAGUCUCCAUUUGUAGCGCAUGUUGCUUUAAGGAAUCUGCUGAACAUGAAUCAGGAUGUUACAAAUGUGUGAAUACAGUUGUUUUCAAUACAUGCGUGCCCAGUGCUAGUGGGAAAGAAAGUGGGGAUGUAUUGCCCAUAUAUAGUGAUGACGAUGCCAGUCAGGAAAUAAAAGAUACUCACUAUGUGGUAAACCAAAUGCGCUAUAGUCAACAAUCAUUGAUCAACAAGAGCUCAUGGUAUAGUUAAAGUUUGAAUUCUCGUAAUUCUAACAUCAUGUGUAGACUAUAUACCACUGUAAUAAAAAAAAAGAAAAUAUUUCUAAACAUUGCUGUAUUUAUCAUUAUAUGACGUAUUCAAAAUUUCAUACAACUUCUGUCAUCUGACAAUGUGCUACAAGCACCUAAACACGUUGGGUAAGGUUGUUUAGUACUGUAGCACUAUCGUUAUAUACAUAAAUCGAGUCUUUACUAUUACUAAGCACCAUAUUCUUCAUCACUUCAAAGUUUAUGGUACGCGAGUUCUUAUAGUUUAACGUAAUACCCUUCACCUUACACACUGUUUUAAUUGUCUGAUCACUGGUUGAAAACACUCUAUAGCUAUAGUUUUUCGGUCCCGCACUAACAAAUUCUGUUAUAUAAUUUCCUUCGCCGUACGCCUCCAGCUCGUCAGUUAUCUCGCCUAGGAAAUCUCCACAAGGAGGAUUUCACUCACCAGGUUUUGUCAUAAAUAUUAUGCUGUACGCGACGACCCAACCUCUCCAAAUAACUAUAUAGCUCUAAACGUGCAUGAGCUGUCGUGUACGCGGCUAUGGGUUAACGUGUAUAAUGGAUUGUACCUGAACCAAAGGAUCUGUAAACAAUUUGAAAAAGUCCUUUGGCUCACAUACAAUGCUGGAUUUGGGUAAAUUGUCUCGUUGGCCAAGUUUGCCCCAGAAAGAAUUCAACAUUAGUUGCCGAAAUUGUAUUACACUAAUUUUUAUUGAAAUAUUAGUUAGUUGGUCGCUAUCGAUUUCGGACGUUCUUCGUCCAUCAUCAGGCGAUAUGUCAGUAUAAUUAAAAAACGA